UGUGUAUGUGUGUAUGUGUGUGAGUGAGACCAAACAGUUGUCACAACUUCCCUUUGUUUUGUUCUCUUCCUCUGAAAAUAAUGGGAGUGGGAUUCUUCUUUAUGGAGUUUUCAUCUUCUUCUUCCUCCCAAUCUAAGUCCCAGUUGAUAGUAUAUGUUUGUCUUGUAGUUUUUGGUCUUUUCCAUUACCCCACAAUUACUGUAGAGGCUGCCGUGAAGAUACCUCCAGGCCAGACAAUUCCAGCGGUCAUCGUGUUCGGUGAUUCUAUAAUGGACACGGGCAACAACAACCAUCUUAAGUCUCUUGUUAAGUGCAAUUUCUCUCCUUAUGGAAGAGAUUUCCAGGGACACAAGCCAACAGGCAGAUUUGGCAAUGGAAAAGUGCCCUCUGACUUCAUAGUGGAAGAACUGGGAAUCAAAAAGUAUUUGCCGGCGUAUUUAGAUCCUAGUCUACGGCCUGAAGAUCUGGCCACGGGAGUCUGCUUUGCUUCAGGUGGCACGGGAUACGACCCAAUGACACCCGAAAUAGUGUCAGUUAUAUCACUCUCGGAUCAGUUGUCAAUGUUCAAGGAGUAUAUAGGGAAGCUUAAAGGCAUUGUUGGAGAAGAGAGAACCAACUUCAUUCUAUCCAACGCUCUGUUUCUGGUGGUGGCUGGCAGCGACGACCUUGCCAACACCUAUUUUACCAUUCGCGUAAGAAAAGCCCAGUAUGAUAUUCCUGCUUACACCGACCUUAUGGUCGACUCCGCGUCUAGUUUCGUCAAGGAAUUGUACGGACUUGGCGCGAGAAGGAUUGGUCUGUUCAGUGCACCACCAAUAGGAUGUGUGCCUUCACAAAGAACAUUAGGUGGAGGAUUAGCAAGAGACUGCGCCGAAGAAUACAAUGAAGCAGCAAAGUUAUUCAACGCUAAACUUUCUCGGUCUCUCAACUCCUUAAACACAGCCCUCCCAAACAGCAGAGUGGUCUACGUGGAUGUCUACAAUCCACUACUGGAAAUCAUUCUCAACCCUGCCAAGGAUGGGUUUAAAGUUGCGGAGAAAGGAUGCUGUGGAACUGGGGUCAUAGAGGUAGCAGUGUUAUGCAACAAGUACGAUGCCACGUGCGCAAAUGCAAGUGAUCAUGUGUUUUGGGAUAGUUACCAUCCCACAGAACGGACCUACAGUGUGCUGAUUCCCCCACUUCUCCAAAGAUAUGUAAACGAUUUCCUUGUCGGCAACUGAAACUGAUUACAUUUUCAUAUGCUCCAAUCAGCAUAUAAUAAAUAACAUAUUAUGAAUC